UUGAAGCUGAGAUAACUUAAAGGAUUUCCUGAUGGGGAUUGCAUGGAAUUUUCACUCUCAAGGAUGUCAGCUUAGUUUGUUAAUCGUGCAGUAACGCUGAGGGAACUGCACGAGCUGUAAUAAAUAUUCACCAAACACCAUAAAAGGCGUGGUAUAAGGAAUGGUUGUUUCUAAUUUUAACCAGCGCCGUUUCGUUUGACCCGCGGGCCGAUCGGCAGGUUUGUCACUGCCUGUAAAUAUAGUAUAAUGGUCUUUUGACGAGUUUGGAGAUAAAAAGCGCAUUUUUAUUGGUUACUUAUCCAGAUAAUCACAUAGAACACAUUUUAUGAUUGGUUCCUUAGUUGAGAGUAAUUUGUAGUUCCCAGGAUCCAUUAGUACGUUGCGGCACUUGUGGUUGCAUUUACCGGUAAGUUGAUAAUUAGAAGGGUAGUGUUGAAAUACCUUUCAAUAAUGCUCACUUACUCACGGCAUAAACAAAUCAGCUCCUGAGUUGGGAGAACUUCACCACACUGAGAGUUGCCUUGUGCAAUGAUUCAGAAAGAAAGUGUUAUAUCAUGGUUCAAAGGACUUUGUGCGGAUGAUCGUAUCGACCUGAUGUGUAAUUUAUUAGACUGCUGUAUACCUUGGGAAAUCCGAUUUUUGAGCACGUUUAUUGAAGCCCAAGUCCAGAGAGAUUACCCGGCAUUUCGGCAACCUGAAAGUACGGCGAAUAAUCCAACAGAUUUGAGUUGUUUGUCGUGUUUGCACGAUGUUCACGUCCGACGGAAGCUGUGUGUUUCACUGGCUUUGCUUCACUCUAGCAAUCGACAAGCCGCUGCCGUGAUGUUCGGAAUUCUGAAUGACUUUCAACCUUCAAGUCUGGCUGAGGAGGAAUUCUUCACAGAUCUGUCAUUGCUGAUGACCAUGUCCGCUCACCAUCCAGCCUUCUCUUUUCAUCAGAAACAUACUUUACGCGCAAAAUUAAAACAGCUGAAGCAGUCAGCAAAUCACACAUCAGAUCUAAGCGAGACUGUUUCCGAAUCAAGCAGUGGUUCUUCGACUUUUUCUGUGGAUCACGAUGUCCCAGCGAGGUGCGAGACACAAGAUGACCUUUUACAUCAACAACAACAAAUCAAGGAAUCUCUUGAAGAAAAAGCAGCUAUGAAAGAGGUUAAAAAGGUGGAGCUCGUACAGGAUAUUCCUCCUGUCAAGGAUGCAAUUCCUGAUCCUCAAGUUUAUGUCAAAGAGAUUAAAGUGCAGGCAAUAGAGAAGAUAAAGGAGAAGAAAUCUAGACAUGAGCUAAGAAAACGUGAUGAUCAUCGGUAUGUUCUACAGAUUUCGUGGUGUGAUAAUACCACAGAAAUAAUACACAGGACAUAUGAAGAGAUGUUUGACUUUCAGUGCAAGUUGCGGAAAAUGUACCCAAAUAAAGUUGAUGCAAGUGGUAAUCCUUGGAAGCUUCCUUUCUUACCUGGUAAGAAUUUUGUGUUAACAGUAGAGUUUUAGCGAGAAUUUGUUCCUGCCAGUUACGGUAUAGUAAUUCAUUAUAUAUCAAGUCUCAAAAAGGGCAAGUAACUCUUAAAGUUUGCUUGCCUGGGACACUUCCCACUUGCCCAGGUUUUCAAACUCAUUAAGUCAUUCAGUGGCAUGUUGGAAUGCAAAAAAACCUGUCUGACUUGUUUGUAGUCUUCUUAGUGUUGAUCACUUUCAUGUUCGUGUACUUGCUUGCUACUGUAGAAUUUUGAUAUAGUGAAAGGCCAAGGGACCAGCUAAAGAUAUUGUGUAGUUCCAGAAAAUAUCCAUACCCCCACCAUGGAGGGAAUUUCACUAGCCUG